AUGCCGAAGAAUAUUAUAGGUAUGGUUUUUCUAAAGAGUCGAUCCGCUGUUUCGGAUGUGACAGUGGAAAGCAGUAAACCCGAAAAACAUAGGAACACUAAGGGGAUGUCGUGGCCAACGGCUGCGAUCUUCAUCGUUGGUGAUAUGAUGGGCGGAGGACUGAUCGCAUUACCUAUCGCACUUGUACAUGCAGGUUUGAUUCCUGGAAUAGUGAUCAUCAUUCUUGGAGCUAUAUUCACAGGAUAUACGGGUGUUCAGCUAGGUGACAAUUGGACAUUGAUGCAGAAACGAUGGCCGGAGUAUAAAAAACAUUGUCGGCGGCCAUAUCCUGAAAUGGCAUACAGAGCAAUGGGACAGAAAGCGAAACAUUUCGUCGCCUUCUGCCUCUGUCUCACUCAAUUUGGAAUCGUAACUGUUUUAACGUUACUCGCCUCGAAUAAUCUCUCCAAUCUGCUGACAGCAAUUUUUGGUUUUCGAAUUAAUUUUUGUUAUGUGAUUUUAAUUAUUGGCGCUAUUGUUUGGCCGUUUACCAUGCUGAAGAGCCCUAUGGAUUUUUGGCAAGCGGCAGUCGGCGCCGCCGUCUCCAGCACUGUGGCCGCUAUUCUCAUAGUGUUUGGUACGAUUCAUGAUGCAUCAGUUUGUCGACAGGUUGUGACAUAUCCAGAAUUCUCCUUCAAAAAUCUCUUCCUUGCUUACGGUACUAUCGCCUUUGCUUACGGUGGACACGGUACUUUUCCGACUAUUCAGCACGACAUGACCAAACCGUUCCGUUUCAAUCGUUCUGUCUGUGCCAGCUAUAUCUUUAUCUUCACCGUUUACCUCAUUGUGUCCGUAACAGCUUAUACGGUAUAUGGAGCGAGUAUGAGGAAUACGGUGAUACCAUCAUUACAGAUUACAUGGCUAUCGCAGCUUGUGAAUCUGAUGAUCACCGUCCAUGUUCUACCGACGAUCAUCAUCGUAUUCUCUCCGUUAGCUCAACAAGUUGAGGAAUGGGCUGGUGUUCCUUCGCGACAUUUCGGCAUCCAUCGAUUCGCAAUCCGUUCAUUGUUGUUACUUGGCUGUAUUUUUACCGCUGAAUCGAUACCACAUUUUGCAGUUUUUCUUGAUUUAGUUGGCGGCUCUACGAUCAUUUUAAUGACAAUGCUUUUGCCGAGCAUAUUUCAUCUUUUCUUAUUUGCAUCCGAAAGAAAACGUGCGGAUCUUAUUAACACAAUGCAAAUCUCUCCGGAUUCACCUGAUGAUCAGUUAGCUGGAUUUAUGGAUAUUAUCCGAUACACUUCUAAGCCAGUCCUAUUGUUUAAUCUCGCUUCUUUUGUAUUUGGUUUAUUCGGUGGAAUAGCGGCCUCGGCAUCAGCAAUCCUACAAUUAUUAUCCGCGGAAAUGGCACCUCCUUGCUAUGUUCAAUUGCUCACCACCGGAUUAAGCAUGACACCAACCACAGGCGGAUCCACGCAUUGUUGUGGUCCGUUCCUGAACACGACCGUCAACAGCGAUAUGGAUCCGUCGAAAUUUUGCCAUCGACCGGAUUAUUUCUAA